GAAGCGUCGGGCCGCUGUGAUCGGGGUCACGGUGAAGGCGUCAAAUAACCCUUAAAUACAACACAACGUUCCGAUCAAAUUAUCUCCCGUAACCGUACCAGUGUUGACAGCACGUGUUCCCAAGUUAAACCAUGUCAACCCCGGCUAGAAGAAGACUUAUGAGAGAUUUUAAACGGCUACAAGAGGACCCUCCAGCUGGUGUCAGCGGUGCCCCGUCUGAAAACAACAUUAUGGUGUGGAAUGCAGUCAUAUUUGGCCCUGAAGGAACUCCCUUUGAGGACGGUACAUUUAAACUCAUUGUAGAGUUUACAGAAGAAUACCCCAACAAACCCCCCACAGUACGAUUUGUGUCAAAGAUGUUUCAUCCAAAUGUCUAUGCAGAUGGCAGUAUAUGUUUGGACAUCCUACAGAAUCGUUGGAGUCCCACUUAUGACGUGUCCUCUAUUCUCACAUCUAUCCAGUCCCUGCUUGAUGAACCAAACCCCAACAGUCCGGCCAACAGCCAGGCAGCUCAGCUGUACCAGGAGAACAAGCGGGAAUACGAGAAGCGUGUGUCUGCCAUCGUAGAACAAAGCUGGAGAGACAGUUGACCUGACAAUCCUCAUAGCUGCUCUCUCCAUUGUUAAGCUGUGUGUGCUGCAAGUUUUAGUGGAGUACCUCUUAAUUUUCCCCCCUUUUUGAUUUUAAGCUUUUAUGCACUUUACCUUCAACUUCCCAUCAUAGAAUGUUUUUUUUUUUUUUUUUUUUUGCCCAAGAGGGAUUUAUUUUUUCUAUUCUGCCCCCCUCCCCCCCUUUCCAGUCCAUCAGGGGAAAUGUGCUGAAUCUUGCCUUGAUGUUUUGUCAGUAUGGACUUGUGGGCCAUUACCCAAAAAUUCUGGUGUGUUCUUACUUGCUGUAAUCACUCCCCAUGGCUGAUUAUGUUUCAGAGGGUGUAUGAAUUACGUCAUGGGUCCUCUUCUGUUGUGCUCCUUACCUUUUUUUUGCCAGUUUGUUUUCACAAAGCAGUUCGUCUGCUCCGAUGUAGUCAUCCUUCCUUACCUUGGGAGAAUGAGCAGCCUCAGCAUCAUGGACUAAAAACUAAAUCAGACAUCUUUACACCGUGUCUUUUGCCGUGUUGUGAACUCUGUUACAUGCAUGACAGAAAGAGUGUAUUCACGUUCCUGUUCAGUACUCAUGUAUAUAAAAUACCUGCAACUGAAUUUAUGUACAGAUUUUGCACUGGUUGUCCCCCAUGUCAUUUUUUCAGCACUUGUAAAUAAAAAAAAAAGGCAAAUCCA